AUGGCAGACCAAGUGAGAAGACUACAGCUCAAUGAUCGCGAACAUCUUGACAGUACACUGUUCAGACUUCAAAAAGGCUGGAAAUUGCAUUUUAUCCUUGGCCCUUCCUUACAACACAGGAAAGUGAGAGUCUUCUGCAAUCACCCACCAUCUACAGAUAAGAAGUUUGAUCGUGGAGAAUACUAUGAAUUAGCAUGGCAGUCGCAUUCUAAGAGCAAAUGUGAUCAGUCCGAUAGUUUCUGUGAAGUCAAUCUCCAAAGUGCUGGAUCAUUUCAGUAUUUCUUUGACUAUGAUAAAAGUUUAAUGAAACAGGGAUCUGGUUUCUUUGUGGUUGAUCCAACACUGAAAAUUGGGCCUGAGAAUGAAAUCCUUCCACUUGACUGUAUCUGCUUGCAAACAGUGCUGGCAAAAAGCCUGGGACCUUUUCCACAAUGGGAGCAAAGACUACAAGUCGGCAGAGAGACGUACUACAAUGUACUUCACUUCACCCCGUUGCAGGAACUGGGAGCCUCUGAAUCCUCUUACUCAUUGCGAAACCAGGAUCAACUAAAUCCAGUGUUCAACAAUGAUGGCAAGAAAAUCACAUACCAAGAUGUGGGUGACUUUGUUACAAAGCUGAACAUGGAAUGGCAUAUGCUGAGUAUUACAGACGUGGUGUGGAAUCAUUCAUCUUUUGAUAGUCCUUGGAUUCAUAAACAUCCAGAAUGUUCAUAUAAUAUGGUAAACUCUCCACAUCUCAAACCUGCUUACUUACUGGAUCGUAUUCUGUGGCAUUUUACACUAGAUGUUAUUGCUGGAAAGUGGGAACACAAAGGUGUACCAAAAGUCAUCAAUCAUGAUAACCAUUUACAAGCUAUAAGGUCUGUACUUCUAUGUGAUGUACUACCACAAUACAAGUUAUCUGAAUUUGUACAAGUUAAUGUUGAUGAGUCUGUGAAACAGUUUAGACAGUUAGCAGCAGCAAAUGCACCUACAGAUGAGCCAAGUGAUGUAAAAGUUGAAAUUAUACAGGACUGUAAAUAUCGGAGACUUUGCUCAACUGUAGACUUUGAUAAAGCACUUAAAGUUUUUAACCAGAAAAGAAAGGAAGCAGAAACUGAGGAAGAACGCCUCGACCUUUGCUGCUCUGAUUUCAGAAACAAACUGUAUGAGUUGAAUGGUGUCGCUGAUUAUGGUAUUCUUGAAGAUAUUAAACAUGCUAUCAAUAAUGUCAUAUGUGGUGCAAGUUAUCAUUUCACUCAACCAGAUGGUCCCAAGUAUGGAGCCGUCUCCAAGACUCAUCCCUUAGUUCCUCA